AUGGAAGAAAAUGAAGGUGGGGGGUUGGGGGAUGGCCAUAGGAAUGAAGCUAUUCCAGCUGUUGCGGAUGAUGGGUUUCUAGUUAAAAUAGAAGAAGAAGAAGAUGAUGAUGAUUGUGGGGAUCUUUAUAACAAUAUCAAUGUUGGAGAGAAUUUUCUUCAGUCAGUUCGGAAGAAUGAGGAGGAAGAGAAGGCGGUUGAGCUGCGUCAGGAGACUGGCAAUGCUGCUGUGACGGCUGCAAUUGUAGCGUCUAGGAUUUCGAGUGGAGAUGAUGGGUCUAGGGAUAUGGCAGUUAGGGGGAAUGAAAUGAGAGAUAGAGAUUUGACACCGGCAGCAAGAUUAGAGUCUUCUGUUGCUGGUGGGAUAAAGAUUGAGUGUAGUAAUCCGUCGGGUAAGAUGGCUGAUUUAGCGAAGAAUGCUAGCAGUAAUAUUGUGAAUCGAGAGAUAAUUCAAAGGCCUACUGCUGCUAGUGCUAAUGUUUUAGGAAAUGCUAGGAAUGUUGGGAAUUCAGGGAACGGUAAUAUGGUUAGACGAGGAAUGGUUAGUGGGAAUGCAAUGGGUAGUAUGGGCAGUUCCAGGGCCUUAGGUGGAGGAGACGGUAGUGGAGGGACGAUUUUAUUUGUUGGUAAUCUGCAUUGGUGGACAACAGAUGCUCAAGUGGAGUUAGAGUUAAGCAGAUAUGGAGCUGUGGAGGAUGUUAAGUUUUUUGAUGAAAUAGCUUCUGGGAAGUCGAAUGGAUAUUGUCGGGCUGAGUUUUCUGAACCUGCAGCUGCCAUGGCAUGUAGGGAAGGGAUGGAUGGACAUUAUUUCAAUGGGCGGGCCUGUGUGGUCAGAUUUGCUUCACCAUCUUCGCUAAAGAGCUUGGAAGAGGGACGGAUGAAUCGAAUUAAUCUGUAUUAUAGUCUAAGUCAGACCGCUUCAGUGAAUCGAAUUAAUCGGUACAAUGCUACUGUUGGUAAUUUUCAAGAUGGUGGGAAUUUGGGCAGAGCAGGUCCUCAGAUGAUGGGGGUUAGGGGUCCACUUGGUCCUAAGAGAAAUAGGGUUGAUGGCGUUGUAGGAAGAGAGCUUAUGGGGAAUGCUGGAGGUGGACUCGAACAAGGUAUAGGUGCUGCAUCUUCAUCGAAUCAUCGUCAAACAAUGAUGGGCCAAGGAUUUCAUCCUGGUUUUGGAGGGCCUAUGGGGAAUGCUGGAGGUGGACUCAGACAAGGUAUAGGUGCUGCAUCUUCAUUGAUUCAUCCUCAAACAAUGAUGGGUCAAGGCCUUUAUUCUGCUUUCAGAGGGCCUAUGGGGAGAAUGGGUGGUUAUGGAGGAUUCUCUGGUGGUCUAACUCUACCUUUUUCAGGUAGGUUGACUCCAUUUCCACCUGCACAUUUUAGGAGAGGAAUGCCCAUGAAUAGUAUAGGAAUGAUGCCUCGUGCUGGUAUGGAGGGACCUAAUAUGGGCAGAUGGACUGGAGAUGAGCAUGGCUACAGGGCAGGAGAGUCAAGUAAUGUGGCAGAAUCUGAUUAUCAGUAUGGAGAAGAAAGCCGUGAUAGGGGCACUUGGCCUAGUAACAGAGAAAAUGAUAGGCCUGAUUCUUCAGACAGAAGAUAUAUAGACGACAGAGAACCUUCAGGGCGUGAUCAUGAUUGGCAAGAAAGGAGACGCCAAGAUGAUAGAGAUGUUGAAAGCUCUAGAGGUCGUGACCAUGACCCUGCGAGGCAUCAAGAUAGGGAACACAAGCGUGGUCAUCAUAGGGAUGAUAAUGCUGAUCGUCAUAGGCACAGGGACGAGAGAAAGAACAUGAUGAUGAACAGGACAGAGGAAGAUCAUCAAGUACACAGACCAAAUCACAGUCAAAAUCAAAGGGGAAGGCCCCCAUGA